AUGGCUGAAGCUGGUCCAUCUAGCGCCACGAUGGUGAGCGCCCCGUUUCACCACAUUGCCGCAGCCCAUCGCUCGAACCUGUCAGUUUUCCUAUCGGCCAACUCCGUUCAACUCGUCCACGGCCAGUCCGACGGUAGUUUCAAGACGUAUGCCAUGCCUACGACAGUGUUUGUGCCACAGCCCACCCUUCCCGACCAGUCAGAUGCAGCGCGAUACGCUGACAAUCCGCAUAUUAGUUUCGCUCGUCUCGCCAGCUUCUCGCAUUCGGAUCGAUUCCUUGCCCUCACUGGAGACGACAAGGUACUGCGGGUAUGGAAGCUUGAACGCACAGCCGACAAUCGCAUCACGGGCUUUGAAUUCGGAAAGGAGAUCGUGAUCAAGCUUCUGCCCAAGCGAGCCGCUGUGCUGCACUGGAUGCCGCCCAGCGCGUCGACACCCAUCGGAUCCGAAGAGCUCAUCUGCAUCGAUCGAUUUGGAGACGUCCGUAGCUUCAUGGUCAACGAGAACGACAUUCGAACACUGCCAUCUGCUAUCAGACCGGAAGGGACCGAGGCUGACGAGCAGGAUGAGAUGGAUUCGCCAACUGACGCUGCCAUGCACAUUCUUUUGGGCCACGUCAGCAUGGUUACCAGUCUUGCCUUCAUUCCAGCAGCAAAGCCGACAGCACCUCCUGCAUUCAUCAUCACUGGCGAUCGCGACGAACACAUUCGUAUUUCUCGUUGGGGCUCAAAGCGGAUGGCAUAUGUCAUCGACCGCUUCUUGCAGGGCUCAGAAGCAUUUGUCGGGGCUCUCGCCGUCAUUUCCGAUACCGAUGAAAAGCUGCGUCUUGUCAGCUCUGAGGGUGGUCGAGCAUUGCGAGUCUGGGCCUUGCCUCAGCCCGGUUCCGCCUCUGCAGCUGACACGUCAUCUGACAACGCAUGCCUCUCGAUCAACGAGCUCAGCUCGGCCUUGGCGCCUCACGUUCUUGCUCGUGACCGCGAAGAACGAAAACGAGAAUCCAAAGCGUUGCAAGCUUCGAGCAAACGCAACAAGGCCGCCAAGCGCAAGCAGACCGGGGACGGUCAAGCACCCGAGCAGGUCGAGUCGAAACCGCUGGCAGCGCAAUACUCGAAAGACAGCAGACCCACCAUUGUCAUCUCUGAUCUUCUUCCGUACCAAGACGCCGAGUCGAGACAAUGGCUCUUGAUCGUUGUGGAAGGAGCCACCGCUUUCUUUUCUGUGCCUGUCGACGUCUUGGUGGCACCUUUGCCCUCCGAAGAAAAGGUACGCGAUAUUUCGGACCAGAUCCGUGUAACUCGUGCUUCGGUUCCCAUCUUGCAUCUCACUCUGGCUCCGCAGUACGACACUGGCGCCGCCGCUACCGUCCUUGCCACGUUUGACACGCGACCCGAGUUCCGUUCGCAAGAGUCGACCGGCGAGAACGAGGUUGAAGUUGGUGUCUUCACCUUGAAUGCGUCGGCCGAGUUCGAGAGACAGCUCAAGCCGACGAUCGUCGAAGCCCUUCUGCCGGCGACCCAGCCAAGCACAACCGAAGAAGAGCCAUCCGCACGCGAGCUCUUGGAUCCAUCGAUCGUCGAGCAUCUCAGUUUGUACCCGGCCCUCACCACCUGGCCCAAGAUCGAGGUGCCUUCGUCGGCCGAGAUCAUCGCAACCCGAUCGUCACGCAAGGGACGUUUCAACCAUCCACUCGACACUUCAUUAAUUGGGAUUGCUCAAGUCGAUCAAACAAAACCAUCCAUCGCGUCUUCCAAUCCAGACGCCGAUGAUGAGCAGCGCCGUAAGCUAGUCAAAACCAUGCAAGGUGGGAAACGCGAACGUGGUCGCGAGCGAAAUCGCGAGGCCAUCCGUCUUGCCCAAGAACAGGCCGCCUCGCAGUGA